UUUCCUGAGUAUCACAACAUGGCAGUUAAAGCUUUCCUCGUAGCUUGCGCUUCUGCGUUCUUCGUUCAGUGCGCGCUGGGUAGUUGCUUAGGACGAUUCGGUGCUGGCAUUGGCCCCUACGCUGCUGGAUUUGACGGUCUGGGUUAUGGUGGAUUCGGCUACGGAGGUCUGGGAUACGGUGGAUUCGGAUGCGGCGGUUUGGGUUAUGAUGGCUUCGGUUACGGAGGUCUCGGCUACGGCGGUCUUGGCUACGAUGGCUUCGGUUACGGCGGCCUCGACGCUGCCUAUGGUGGUGGUCUUGGUGUCUCCAGUGCUUCUCCCAUAGCCCCCACCGGUCUCGCCGUAGCCUCUGAGAACGUGUACGAGGGUGCUGUCGCUGUCGGCGGUAACCUGCCUUUCCUGGGUACCGUGGCUGUGGACGGCGUGUUCCCCACCGCCGGUGCUGGUGCUGUCUCGUACGGUUGUGGUGAUGGUGCUGUUGGCAUCGCCGCUGAGGGUCCUAUCGGUGCCGCCGUCGGUCCCGCCUACGGAUACGGAGGUUUGGGCGGAUUCGGUAUCGGAGGAUACGGACUCGGCUACGCUGGAUACGGCGCGCGCGGUUGUGGUUGCGGCUGCGGUGCAUUUUACUAAACUCAUUUUGUAACUAAUGUUUCAAAAAAUAAAUAAGACCUGGCUGAUAUAAAAUAAACUACGAGCAAUAAUAGAA